UGGAUGUCGAUUUUUCUUGCAGCUCAACAACUUCAUAACUCAGGGUGCUGCACUCUUCUCUCAUCUGUUUCAACAUAAAAACUCCAGGUUUUCAGGGAUUACUAUGGGAGAUCCAUUUGAUCGCGAAUUAACUGAAGACAUUAAAAAAGCACUAGAAAGCAAUAAUCGAGCCUUAGCUGAUAAAAAGAUCAGGGAGUAUUUGGACAAGGAGAAUAACACUCCACUAAAUAUUGGGAUCACAGGAGAGUCUGGCUCUGGUAAAUCUUCCUUUGUUAAUGCCUUCAGAGGCAUAAAUAAACAGGAUGAAGGAGCCGCCCCUACUGGUGUUACAGAAACCACCAUGGAGGUUACACCAUACUCCCAUCCAAACUGUCCCAAUGUUACACUCUGGGAUCUUCCUGGUAUUGGCACCGUCAGUUAUCCAGCUAAGAAGUACCUGAAGCUUGUUGGAUUUGAAAGGUUUGACUUCUUCAUCAUCAUCUCAGCUGAUCGCUUCAGAGAAAAUGAUGCAAAGCUCGCUCAGGAGAUUAAGAAGAUGAAGAAAGAGUUCUACUUUGUUCGCUCAAAGAUUGACCAGAACCUACGUGAUGAAAAAGAGAGUCGGAGCUCAGAGUUCAAUGAACAAACGACUCUUUCACAAAUCAGAGAAUACUGCAUUCAAAGUCUGAAAAAACAAGGUGUGGUCUCUCCUCAAGUCUUCCUGGUGUCCAACCAUCAUCCCCACCUGUAUGACUUCCCUCUCUUGUUAAACACCUUUGAGAGAGAACUUCCUGCACACAAGAGAAAAGCUCUGCUGAUGGCCAUGCCCAACAUCAGCCUGGAGGUCAUCAACAAGAAGAAAAAGGCUUUUGAUUCCAAAAUAAAAUACUUAGCAACACUUAGUGCAGCUGUAGCAGCUGUACCAGUUCCUGGACUCUCUGCUGCUGUAGACAUAAGCCUGUUGGUUGGUGUUGUUACAAGAUGGGUAUUUGGGUUUGGUCUUGAUAUCCCGUCAUUGCGGAGACUUGCUUUUUAUGCACAUGUGCCACUGGAUGAUCUGCGUGACAUCAUAGUUUCAUCACUGGCUGCAGUAGAUAUAACACCAGAGCUUGUCCUGAGGCUGCUUGCUGAAGUUGGAGGUGCAGCUACAUUAUUGGCAGCAGAGGAAGUGUGCAGAUUCAUCCCAAUACUUGGAAUCCCAGCAUCAAUGGCCCUCUCUUUCACCUUCACCUACAGAGCUCUCAAAACAUUCCUCAACAUGCUUGCUGAGGAUGCACAGAGGGUGUUAGAAAGGGCCCUGGGUUUGAACACCUCAGUGUGAUGUAAAGUGAAUGACGAUGGCAUUCAAUGGCACAGUUUAAACAGCAGAAAGCUUUUGAGUAAUCAUUAACAGGAGAUUGCAUUUUGUUUUUUUUUAAAUUUGUAUAAAUGCUGUAUUCAAAUCAUUAACUUGUAUUCUAGCUGCACAUUUUUAGCAAUCGUGCAUUUUACAUUGUGCAGCUGAUCAUUCUGUAUGGCAUCUAUAUAGGUGUUAAUCACUCUUAUUAUAGCAAAUGUUAUUGAAAGUGUGUUUUGCUAAGAGUGCAUUAAAAC